UUCAGAGAACUCCGGCGAAACUUCUCAUCCACCAAGCUUCGUUCUACAUUGCAAUCAUGUCUCUUCUUACCAUGGGCCAAGAACACAGAGGCACUAGGGCAAACAUUGCCUCAUUCGAUCCCAAGAAAUUUCGUCAACGUUCACACCCUAUGCCUUAUCCAGACCCAUGGUGCGUACCUUACAUAGAGCGUGCGGGUUUCGGUCAUGUUAUGCAUGUCGUAAAUGCCACAAUUGAUGUCAAAUUUAUUCUUGCUCUGUGUGAACGUUGGAGACCAGAGACACACACUUUUCACCUACCAACUGGUGAAUGUACCGUCACACUAGAGGACGUAUACAUGAUUUUGGGUCUUAGAAUAGAUGGUAAGCCUGUGACUGGAAAUGUUCAACAGCCCAACGAAAUAUGUGUUCAAAUGUUGGGGGUAGAUCUGGUCGAGGGUGAGGGAUCUGCAAAAGCAAGGGGUCAGGGUAUUAAACUAUCGAGCCUUCAAUUAUACCAUGACUCCAUAACUUUGACUGAGGAAUCGUCCGAACAAGAAAAAGUCAUAAAACUCGGUUUUACAUUAUGUUAUUGUUUGGGAACUUGCUAUUUCCCGAAGGCACGGGAAAUAGCAUAAACUUUAUGUACUUGAGUUUGCUCGAGGACAUUGAUAGAAUAAGCACGUAUAGUUGGGGUUCUGCUGUAUUGGCAUUCUGUUAGAUGCCCAAAAAUGCUUAUUAGAGCUAUCAUAUGUGGGCAUCUUUCACUCUUUUUCCUUGCUAAAACUGUCAAAACCACAUUUGUUUUACAUGGAAUGCAUUACAUUGAUAAACAAGCUUGGUGCCUUUGAUUUGUGUGUUAUUGUGCAGGAAAGACAUGAACUAAUUGAAAAUGAAGACACAAGAAAAUUGGCAAAGGAACCAAAGAAUACAAGCAUUUCAUCAGCCUGCUCGCUAGGCGAGGCUG